CAUCACCCACCCACCCACCAUGCUCGCAGCCUACUCCGUGGCGCGCGUCGUGCCGUCUCUCGCCCGCGUUCUUACACCAGCAUUUGCGGGCCUCUCAUCCUCCGCCACUGUCGCUCUCACGCGCCCUCCAGCGCGGAGUGACAGGCCCCCACCGCGCGGCGAGUACCGCGAGUCUCGCGACGGCGAGCGCCCGCGCACCCGCUACAGCGAGAACCACAGCCGGGACCGCACCCGCACCCGCGAUAACCAGAACGACAACCGAGACCGCACUAGCACCCGCGACCGUGACAACCGCGGCCGCGCUACAGCUCCAGCGGCGCAGACAACAUCGCGGCGACUCGCCGCGGUGCCGCGCGCACCGCGCCUCCUCCCUCCCGCCCCGUCGAGCGCAGUGCGCGCCAAAGCAGCGCGGACAACAGCCGCCGCGCAUGCAGCUCACGCCGCGUCGCCUCUCACACAUGCGCGAGGCCACGAGAACGUGGCGCUCGCGCAGCCGCGCGCGUUCAACGCAUUCGAGCUGCACGAGGGACUGCAGGCUGCGCUGAACGAGCGUUUCCCCGGCGGGCAGUCGACGCCGAUCCAAAGCCUUGCGCUCGCAAAGCUCCUCGCCGCGCCGCACAAGCUCCGCGCCGUCCUCGGUGCCGAGACCGGGUCUGGCAAGACACUAGCAUACCUCCUCCCCCUGUUGCACCACCUCAAAGCGACGGACACCGGUCCGUCCCCGCAGACGCAGGCAGACGUCCUCGCCAAACCGCGCGCGCUCGUUCUCGCUCCCACGCACGAGCUUACGCGCCAGAGCACGCGCGUCGCGAAAGAGCUCGCACACUCUGCCAAGCUGCGCAUCCUUGGCGCCAGCUCGCCCGGCACCCUGUUCGGGCACGCCGACGUGCUCUUCGCAACAGGCCGCGGCGCGACGUCGCUCCUCGGCCUACCCUUCGAAGAGAAGGAGAAGGAGCGCCCCGGCCGGCCGCGGGCAGAGAAGCCCGAGCGGACAUUCGAGGAGCGCCUAGACCUCGGCGCCGUCGAGUGGCUCGUCAUCGACGAAGCGGACGUGCUCCUCGGCCUGGACUUCAUCACUGAGACGAGCCGCGUCGUCGAGCGCGUCCGCGCCGCGUCGCCGAACCUCCACGUCCUUCUCGUGACCGCUACGCUGCCGCCCUCGCUCCUCCGCGUGCUCGAAGGCCCCCUCUUCGGCGGCCAGUUCGAGCACCUCCUCUCGCCCGGCCUGCACCGCCUCCCGCGCAAGCUCGACACGCGCUUUGUCCCCUGGUCCGGCGGCGGCAACCGCACUGCCGAUAUCGUGCACGAGAUCAAGCGUGGCUUCGCGGAGGACAGCCACGACGCGCGCCUCGCGGGCGUCGACACGCGCCCGCGCGCCGUCGUGUUCUGCGGCUCCGUCGGGCAAGUCAAGGCCAUCUCCACCGCGCUAGAGGACAAGGGCGUGCCCGCGCUCUCGUGGACGGGCGAGUCGCCAGAACGUGUCCCGGGCCACAACGGGCCGCUGGACGCCUUCCUUGCCCACGGGAGUGACGGCGAUGCCCGCGGCGCACGCGUGCUCGUCACCACCUCACUCCUCUCGCGAGGCCUCGACUUCUCCGCCGCCGUCACGUCCAUUUACCUCGUCGAUCCGCCGCGCGACGUCCUCGACUUCGUGCACCGCGCCGGCCGGGCGGGCCGCGCCGGGCGCCACGGCCGCGUCGUCGUGUUCGGCGUCAACGGCGCCAACGAUCUGCGGUACGGCAAAGAGAUCAAGAGCGUGCUCGGCAAGGUUGAGCGGCGCGCGGCAGUCAAGCCUGGAGGCCGCACGUUCUCGGGCAAGGGCGACGACCGCAAGCGGAGGUAGAGGUUAGCAUUUAGCACGUCGCAUCACAUCACAUCUCAUAUGCAUCAUUACUCGCUG